AUGGCGGGCGCUCGGGCUUUCGUGGCGCUGCUGGCAGCCACCCUGCUGCUGGCCCAGGCCGUCCUGGGCAGCGAGGAGCACCGGCGGCUCCUGGGGGCUCCCGUGGAUGUUGCGGAGAACGAUGAGGGCAUGCAGCGAGCCCUGCAGUUCGCCAUGGCGCAGUACAACAGGGCCAGCAACGACAAGUACACCAGCAGGGUGGUGCGGAUCGUCAGCGCCCAGCGGCAGCUUGUGUCUGGAAUCAAAUACACCAUGGAAGUUGAGGUUGGCCGGACAACUUGCACAAAGGCAACAGCAGAUCCCCAGAGCUGUUCUUUUCACGACACUCCAGAGAUGGCUAAGUACACCACUUGCAACUUUGUAGUGUACACUAUUCCUUGGCUAAAUGAAAUUAAACUACUGAAAAGUAGCUGCAAGUAAGCUUCCUUGGCUCCAGCAGAGACCAGCAACCAGCAUUAAAAAAAAGUAAUAACAUGAAUUGAGAUGGGAUGCAUCAAUAUCUGUUAACUCAAAUACUUCUGUGUGUGUUAUGCAAGUAAAACUAUGUAACCUUCCUCUAAAGCACAGUAUGAUCUCAACUUUGUUUUUCCUCAUUGUAAUAAUACUUUGGUGUAGCUGUUUUUCUCAAUUUUCCCAAUAAAGUAAUUCUAGCAUCAGAACUCUUAAGGAAAAAGUUGGUUGUCCCUGUGAAGUGACUACUGUAAACAUUAAAACAUAAUUCCAUGUU